CCUAGGUAUUAGCGCGGUUUCUUGUUGCUGCUUCGCAGUCUCCAGCUCAUGGGACCGUGGGGGAUGUAGGCAAGAGAGGGAUUAAAGGCAUUUGUCUCUAAGAUCUUGAUUUUGAACUUUUUUGCCAUGAACAAGCUUGUUGUAAAGUGUGGGAACUUCGCCGUUCUGGUGGAUCUUCAAGUUUUGCCUCAAGGCACCAGUAAAGACACCAGCUGGUUUUCUGACCAUGAGAAGGAGCUGGACUUUACGCCAUGCCUUGUUAACGUUACAGAAGUUUGCACUCUUGUAAGGGAUACACUCGAUUCCAGGGUGAAAGAGUAUCUUGACAGUCGCAGACAACCGGGCCAGUUGAAACGUAAGGAAUACACUCAGGCUAGCCCACUGAUUUUGAAAGGAAACCGAUUACGUAUUGCAGCCUACUUCAUUAAAAGAUGGGUGAAGCUCCGUUGUGUUGUGAAGCGACAGUAUCGCGAACUGCACGUGUUUCCAGACAGAUUUGUGGUCUGUGCAAGUCAGCUUGAACCCGCCUCCAGCGUGUGGGUAACUGAGGCUGCUGCUACUCUGAAAGAAUCAUGUUCAAGCGGAACAUCAGAAUAUUUUGCGCAACCCAAAGGAAUUGAAAUGACCAACCUACUGACUACACCAACUCAAGCUGUGCUAAAGAACAUAGUUCGGAAGACAAAAAUAACAAAGGACAUCAGUGAUGAAGCGGAGAGAGACAGUCGGAUGUCUCCUAGCCUUGGGCUGGCAGACACUGGCAAAGCCGAUGCAAACAAUAUACAGAAGGCUCUGUCCAAAGCACAACCCGAAGAAAAAAGGGCAGAAGAACCAAACGAUUACAUAAAUACUGAGAACAGUUUGGGGCUUCCUGUUCCCAAAGUGGAAAAUGAUGUUAAUCACAGACAGCCAUCUGAAGCUAGCAGCCAGCAAAAGCCUCAGUGUGCCGAGUUAAAGACACAGGACCUUAGCAAGCAUCUCUCCAGGCUCUCUGACUCAGCAAAGCAAACACAGAGCCUCAGAGCGAGUGUUAUGCAACAGAAGAGGAGACGACACAGUUCCGAAGGGAAAGAGAGAUGCAAAAAAUCUUGUUUAACAAGCGAUACAUUCAUCCAGCAAGGCAUGCAAAGAAACGAGGCUCAAGUGAAAGAUCUAGAGCAUGUCCCAUUAGCUUCACAGACUGAUCCUGUCCGACAUGUUUCAGCAGAUAGAGGUGACACGUUGCCAAGCAAGCCAGCAGCUAUAAUAAGUGUGGCAAGCAAACAGCAGCAAGGUGCCUUGUCACUCUUUUCAAAUAUACACACUGAGCAAAGUGUAAAAGCUGCCGAAAGUAAGGCCAAAAAGUCAAAACUUCAAAGGCCAAAGAAGAUGCAUUAGUUUGGUUCCAAAACGUCAUUCAUUAACAACCCUUACAUUGGUUUUAAACAUAGCUGUAUUAGCUCCUUCAUUAAACAAGGACCUACCUUGAAUAGACACUUGAAGAAUGUUAUCAUUCCCUCUCUCAGGAUUUGACUUGUAUGGUGGCUUGGUGCCAGGCUGAGCUGGCUGAGGAAGUCUAAACGCCCAGCAGUGCCAAAACACAAUAGACUUCAUAUACAUUCAAUUAUGAUUUUUGCUGUAGCUAGCAAAUAGUGAAAAAAAAGAUCUUUGGAGAAGUCCCAAUUUGUACAAAGUGCUUUUCAACCUAUGGGUGUGUAGACUGCCAUUAAAGGCAAUAGGUCUCUGUUUAUACAGCCCCACGCCACUUCUCAGUGGCUUAUCAGUUAUUUACAUGGAAACAUCCACAGCUACAGAGGAGCUCAUUCUGCCAAUGGAUACUUGUAAAAAGUUUAUCUUUCCUUUGGAAGGCUAAGAGUAUAUUGGAUAUAAGUGUGUGUAUGUAUUACAAAUAUGCACAAUCCAAAGAGAAACAGCACAGUGUAUGCAACCUAUAUGAUCUAGAAAUUAUGGGUUAUUAUCAAAAAAUAGGCAUGCACCCUGGGGGUUGUGAUACACAGCUGCCACCCACAUACACCCUUGGUGCAGUACAAGUGCACUCUGAGUGUCAUUGCUGGUGCUUAAUUAAAGGGCUCCAGAUGUGCAGUGGUUGCACAAGUGCUCGAGCUUGCACCAUUGGAAUGGUACUCCUGUGGAACAAUGCACAAGUAAUGGUGGCACAGAAAGACAAUUAUGUUUAUGGUGCUGGCCAUUUAAUAUUUUUGACCACAUGUCAGCCAUGAUGGUAAGUACAAUAAACAAAAUUAUAACAUUUCCUGGAUAUGAAAACCUUCAAAAUAUUGUUCCUGUUGGUCUAGUGAGUAACAAAGCAGAAUGUUGAUAAGGACAUAUCCUUUCCUAAAGGCCUAUAAAAGCUGAUGUUGUCAUUCCACAAGUUGCUCCAAAUUUCUGUGUGACCUAGGAGAAAGGGCAAGUGAGUUUUCCUGCCUUAAAAUGUCUUCUGAUUUCUUGUGUUUUCUUCAAGAACAUUUCCUGUUGUACUUCUGAUUUACCUUUAGAUUUGGUUGUUUCUCAAUGUCUAAUUCCUGCCAGUGUUUUAGAUUGCACUAGGCCAGUGUUCCCCAACCAGUGGCCCAGGAGCCACUCACCACCCCCUUGGAUGCUGCUCCCAGUGGCCUCAAAGUAGGUGCCAUUUUUUUAAAUUUCUGGCUUGGAGACAAGUUUUGCAAGUCAAGAGACACAGUUUUACUCCAAGCCUCCUGUAAACUAGCAGUUCACAUGGGGCUACCAAAUAGCCAAUCAUGGUCCUUAUUUGGCAUCAUCAAGAAACUUUUUUCAUGCUUGUGUGGCUCACCAACAUUUUUUACAUCUGAGUGUGGCUCACACAGUAUGGAUCACGGUAUGAUCCAAUUGUUUGGCCCCCUGGCCAGCUAUCAUAUAGGAAGACCUAUCAGGAGAGGACCAUGUCAGAGCACAUAUGAAGCCCUUGUGUCUGAUUUUCUAACCUACACAAUAAAUAUCUAUACAAGUUUCAUCCAUAUAUUGGUGGGGCAGGCCUUCAGGAGGGCCCUAUACUUCGGUUUGGAGGGUCAGCAGCUUAUAUUUGUCUGUGUAUGGUCACCUACAUAUGUGCAAAAAUAGGUGGGAUUGACUAUAGACUCAUAUGAUUUUAGCGUUUUUGACCAACUGGCCCAUAGGCAUAUUAGGUAAAUGCCAAAAGCAGCCUAAUGUGUGAGUAGCUUGGAAUACUAAAAAAUGUGGCCCCAUACAAAGGAACAUCAUGCACUAGUACACUAACAGGGCAUCCUGUGGCCCCAGCAAUCUGGGUAUCAGUUGGGAUGGUUUUCCCUUUUGCUUGAACGUCUCGUGUGAUCACAAAUUGCUCAGGGGGUGGGGGCGACGUGACUGUAUGAGGAAUUGGUCUGUGUGUGGCCACAUGUACAUUGCCUGAAGGAAAACAUUUGUGGAGCAGUUGAUUUUAUAAUCUGCCCAGGGUGGAACACUCUAUUUAAAAUCAAACAAGUAAAGAGCAAACAAAAGCUCAAACCCUUAUGCCAAGCAAGAUUUACACUUUCCUGAUCGCAGAGUGGGACCCGGAGCAGCACUUUCCGUGUGUGUCAGUCACUUUGAUGUGAGCGGAUCCUUCUCUUUUUUGUCUAUAACAUUUCCAUUGUGCCCCCACCUAAUAGCAUCACAACAGGCUGGUACUGCUAAAGUCAAUAUGUAUCCUGCACCAUGUUACAUUCUAGCCGAAUUUGUUAUCUGUAAAAAUAUUGUUUUUAAAAUUCACAGAAGCAUUCCUCUCUUAGACUUUGUUUUGCCGGGAUUUAUUGCGGUGUAGCAAUGGUUCGGUACAAAUACAUAUUUUUUUAUUUGUUCUUAUUAUUUUUCAUGAAGUAAGUUUAAAUAAAGUGCCUUGUACAUGU